GUGCCAAACAAACGUAACCCCUACAUCCAACUACUCGGUGGCAAAUGCCCACAUGGAUUCUGCUUUCACACUCGAGAUCUGCCUCGCCCUAUGCCUUCUCACUGAUCGGCAACGUUGCCUAGCAGAUUUAGCAGCCACACAGUGGGCCUGAAUGACUCCCGCAAGUUGGCAACCCCCUGCCCCUCCAAACAGACCGGAGACCUGGCGGCUGGGUCAGUCACAGUCGCCGAGUCGGCUCGGUGCGGAGAGACAGGCAGCGGUGGAACGGGCGAGGAGGUCACUUGGACCAAGUCAGGCACCACUGAGGAAGCAAAGGCCGAUCCUUACCUACUGGUGUUCCCUCCUCAUCUUCACCACUUGGUCGAGCUGGCACCGCCUUCAUGGCGUACAGACGAUCCGGGUCAUCUCAACAUUCCUUCUGAGGUCGCUGCGAAUUGGGUCAUGAGCGGCUUCCUCGCAGAGUACUGCGACUUGUCAGACCUUUUGGUAAUGCUC